AUGGGUGAAAGAACCUUGAAGGAGAUGGCAGCCCCAAAUACGGGAGAUGAUCCUCUCUGCAUUGUAUUUCCAAAGCUGGACAAACCCCUCAAACUGAAUUCAGGUUUCCUUAAUCUUCUUCCCAAAUAUUAUGGGAAAUCAGGUGAGAAUCCUCAUCGGCAUUUAAAAGAGUUUAAGGUUGUUUGUUCUUCUAUGAAUCUUGAAGGAGUCGAACAGGAUCAUAUUAGAUUGCAUGCUUUUCCUUUUUCUUUGCAAGAUUUGGCUAAAGAUUGGUUGUAUUAUCUUCUUGCUGGAUCAAUUACGACUUGGAAUGUUAUGGCAUCAACUUUUCUAGGAAAGUACUUUCCAGCAAGUCUAAUUGGAUCCACCAGGAAGGAGAUAUGUGGCAUUAGGCAGCAUGAUAAUGAGUCCUUGUAUGAGUAUUGGGAACGUUUUAAGAGAUUAUGUUCAUCCUGUCCCCAACAUCAGAUUAGUGACCAACUAUUAAUUCAAUACUUUUAUGAAGGCCUAUUUCCUACUGAUAGGGGUAUGAUAGAUGCUUCGAGUGGGGGGGCAUUAGUGGAUAAAACACCAACCCAAGCUAGGGCUUUAAUUUCUAAUAUGGCUCAAAACACCCAACAACAUGGUACUAGAAAUGAUGUUAAAAUAGUAAAUGGAGUUGAUUUAAGUGGUAUUCAGAAUCAAUUACAAGAAAAUGCUCAACAAAUUGUUACUUUAACUACACUUGUGUCUAAAAUUGUUGCUAGUAAUGAGUCUAAAGCUAGAGUUUGUGGAAUUUGCUAUAAUGAGUCUCAUCCUACUGAUAAAUGUCCUGAUUUGCAAUCUGAAGAUGUGAAUGCUAUAGGUGGUUAUUCUGGCCAAAGGAAAUAUGAUCCUUACUCACAGACUUAUAAUGAAGGUUGGAAAGACCACCCUAAUCUAAGAUAUGGAAGUAGACCACAACUUCCACAAUCUAAUGAACCAAGGCAAUACGGUAAACUUCCAUCACAAACAAUCCCUAAUCCCAAUGGUCAUGUUAAAGCUGUCACACUUAGGAGUGGUAAAGUGUUAACUGAACCUAAAAUGAAAAGCCGUGAAGUUGAAAAAGAGAUAGAAGUCAAUCCUAAAGUUGGAUCAAGGGAAAGAGUGGAAAGUGAGGGUACUGUGAAGGAGUGA